UUCAGACCUAGAGAGAGAGGAAGACGUCUGCAGUGAGGCUUUGAGGAAGUCAGCGAGCGUUGCUGCAAUGCGCAACAUGGCCGUGAAGACACAGCAGGGCCACAGUGCUCCUGCCCAAAGUUCCUCCUUUUGCAACCAACUGCCUGAAUGCUGUGUUUCUUAGGAGAUAAGGGCAGCCUCCCACGAAAGGUGACUCAGCAAUCAAGCACACACAGCCUCUCCUGAGAUAAGGGGGCUCCGAGGGGCCUGGGGAGACUGGGAGACUGGGAAAAUAACAGUCACAAGCAGAGGAAACAGAAGUACGACAAUUACUUUAAUAUGACUUAUCCUUGUAACUUAAUCAGCAGUGAAUGUCAGCUCUUGAAGGAAAAAGCUCUACUUUAAAUAAGCUUUGAGAACAUCAGUAAUUACAUAACCAUGUAUUCAAAUGAGAUGAUAAUGACAGGACAUGUCUGAAAAUGAGAGGUGAGUUAUUUUAGCCAAUCCACAGGAGUGACUCAUUAUUUAUUUAGAAUUUCCAUAAAUAUUAAUCCACAAUUUAUAUUUUCAUCACUCCGUGGCUUUAACUUCACGACUACGCGAGAGAUUGACACUCGACAAUUAUGUUAGCAUUAUAAGAAAAUGUAAAAGUAGUUAUUUGGCAUCUAAAAAGGCCUGCCCUUACAUGGUAUACGUUCAAAAUAUCCGCAUGGAUGGAGGGAGAUAAAGUGUUGCCGUUAUAUGUGCUGCAGAUGGUAAGCGUGUGACGGUUUACUCAUUACGUUCAAUUUUGUGCAUCUCAAAGAUUCAGAUAUUUUAAUUCAGUAAAAGUAGGAAUACCACAGUGUAUUAAUACUCUUACUCUCUGAAGUAAAAGUCCUGCUUUCAAAAUUCUAUUAUGUAAAAUAAUUAAAUGUGGCAGUAAAGUAGGAGCUUUAAAAUAACAACUCUAUAAAUGUCCAGGUAGCUUGACAAUUUUAAAAUAUAUCAUUAAAUAUUAUCUGAACCUAUAAUAAUAAUACAUGAUACAAUUUUGCUGAUUAUAUUUUGUUAUAAUAAUUAGAACCUGAGUCUUCAAAGUAAAUUGUUAUCAAAUACAUGUAGUUGAGUAAAGUACAAUAUUUUCCUUGAAUUGUAGGGACAUGUGGAGCAGGACAUGGAAGUAGUACUUAAGUAAACUACUUUAAAAUGUGAGUAAAUCCACUUAGUCACCUCUGCAGUCAAGGAGUUUGGAAUGUAUAUUAUUGCCUUUGCAGCCAAACUUAAGCAAAGAGUGGCACAGAGCUCAUAUUGAUGAACGCAUCUGAAACUGAGAAAUCUCUUCUGGGUUCGGACUCAAAGAGCAAGUGGCAGAGUGUUGGUUUGUAAACUCCUGCACACAAAACCAGAGAGAAACCACAUGUCAGUGACUGUAACGCUGCCUGAUGCUCUCCUGCAGGACCAGGACAGAAACACAGUGAGGUGCACUGUUUGAGAAAGAAACAAUGAAGAAACAAUGUGCUGCUCAAUUCUGAUAUAAUCCAGAUUCUGGACAACCUGUUUUGUGAUGAGGCAGGACAGAAGCUUUGACACUGAGGGGGGGAAUAACUGGAAAGAAAGUCAAACAGGGGAAUCAUUAAAGAGAGAAAGAAAACUCAUUAAAUGGGAAAGAAAACACUUGUGUUAAUUUCAUGGACUGCUUCAGCGUGCCAGAACAGGUGACAGAAGGGGAGCUGUCCAAUAUGCAAGUAAGGACCCCCCCACCACCCCCUUCUUUGGUGAGAAUGAAAUAAAUAAACAAUGAAUGGUCCACUCUCUUCGCGCGCCUCAUCCCAUCUCAUGCAUGGCUGCCAGUAAUGGUCUACUGGGUGUCAGCUUGUAUUGGCACGGCACAAAGCAAGUGCCAAGGGCUCGGAGGAUUGACUCCCCGCUGCAGACUCGGCCUGUGGAUAAAAGCGAGCAAAAUGCCCCAGCAGAGCUCACAGACAUAGUCAUGUUGGGCUGGAACGAGGAAGUGCAGUGGAGAGGGGAGGGACUCCGGGCGCAGCUCCAUGGGGCCGCGGCGCUGCGACCUUCUGCACAUGGAGCCGGGGAGAGUUGGAAGAACUUCAUACUGCAAACUCAAGGAAUAGCAGAGUACUUGCACCGCAUGGAGACGGAGGAGGCGCAGGAAAUGGCCCAGAUGCCAGGCAGAGACAGCCCCCCCACCAACGAAGCGUCCGAGGAGGCAGAGGAGCCCAUGGCUGUCCCUGAGGACCUGUCAGCCGGCUCCACCCACCAGCUGAACAGGGGGGACAAAGCCUAUAACAUUAAAGUUGAGGCUCGCAGUGAUGAGGAGAAUGGGCUGUCCUGUGACAUGAAUGGCGUGGAGGAGGAUGAGGAGUGCGCGGAAGACUUGCGCGUGAUCGAUGCCUCGGGGGCCAAGGUGAACGGCUCUCAGCCGAGCCCCGAAGCCAAGGCCUUCUCCUCGGCCGGUGGUAUCCGGCUGCCCAACGGGAAGCUCAAGUGCGAUAUCUGUGGGAUAGUUUGCAUUGGGCCCAAUGUGUUGAUGGUGCACAAGCGGAGCCACACCGGAGAGCGUCCGUUCCAGUGCAGCCAGUGCGGGGCCUCUUUCACCCAGAAGGGCAACCUGCUGCGUCACAUCAAGCUGCACUCAGGGGAGAAACCCUUCAAGUGUCACAUGUGCAGCUACGCCUGCCGCAGGAGGGACGCCCUCAGCGGACAUCUACGCACCCACUCUGUUGGAAAACCCCACAAGUGUGCUUACUGUGGGCGGAGCUAUAAGCAGCGGAGCUCUCUGGAAGAGCACAAGGAGAGGUGUCACAACUACCUGCAGUGCAUGGGGCUGCAGAACAGCAUCUACACAGGGGACAAGCGUCUGUCGGACCUCUCCUACGACGGGGGUUCAGGCGAGCUGAUCCAGCCCCAUGUCAUCGACCAGGCCAUCAACAGCGCCAUCAGCUACCUGGGGGCCGAGUCGCUGCGGCCCCUGGUGCAGACCUCCCCUGCCUCCUCGUCCGAUGUGGGCCUCGGCUCCCUGUACCCUCUCCACAAGCCGGGGGCCGAGGGCCACGUGGGGGCCGGUCACAACCUGUCAGCCAAAGACAGCGCCGCCGAGAACCUGCUGCUCCUCUCCAAAUCCAAAUCAGCGUCCAGCGAGAAGGACGGCUCGCCCAGUCACAGCCAGGACUCCACGGACACCGAGAGCAACAACGAAGACCGCCCGGGGGGGGCCGCCUCGGGCCUCAUCUACCUCACCAACCACAUCACCUCGGGGGGGAGGAACGGCAUGCUGGUGAAGGAUGAGAUGCAGAGGCAGUACGAGGCCAUCAGGGCCGCCAGCAUGGAGAUGGCCUCCGAGGGCUUCAAGGUGGUGACGUCAGACGGGGAGCAGGUGAGGGCCCACCGCUGCGAACACUGCCGCGUGCUCUUCCUGGACCACGUCAUGUACACCAUCCACAUGGGCUGCCACGGCUUCAGAGACCCCUUUGAGUGCAACCUGUGCGGCCACCGCAGCCAAGACCGGUACGAGUUCUCCUCACACAUCACGCGAGGGGAGCACCGCUACUGAACACAUCCACAGACAAACAGCUGUACACUGGAAAAACUGAAAUGUUGACUAUUAUGAGAACAUAUUACACAUGAUCCAAUUAGGCUAGUUAAUAGCAAUAACAUUACGUUUAAAUAGGUUCAAUUUAAGAUUAUUGCUUUCAUUUAACCUAAUGCAAUUAUCUGUAAUUCGUUUAUAUAAUACGUUUAACUAAAGUCAAUGUUGCAGUUUUUUCAGUGCAUGCAGAUCUGAAAUACAAAAUGUAAAAUACACUGUUGAGUUCUGAAAGUUUUUUUUUUUAUACAAAGUAUGCAUGUUUGUUGAACAAAGAUAAAUGUAAGUAUAUAAGAUGUUUUUUUCCCUUUCCGUGUUCAAAAGGAAUUUCUUGUGUCGUUUUUUUUAAAGAAACAAAAUAAUGUUCAGUGAAGGCAACACAGCGGGCACACAUCCUGCAUAGGUUUUUAAAUUAUGUACUUUUCAGUCGCCACAUGUAUAUUAUGUAUAAAUGUGUCUUUUCUUUUAAAAAAGCAAGACAGCAACAUUUUUUUCUAAUUUUAAAAUAAAAUAAAAUGUAUUUCCUUUUUUUCAGUACAACUCUGUUUACUGAAGUGGUCUGCAGUUUUAAAUCCAGAAGAAAUGUUUUAAAUUAAAACAGGUGUAAAAAUGAACCAAUACAAAACCAUCAUUGUAUAUAUCCCCACAUUACAUUUCAAAGUCUCAACCUGUUCCUGUAUUGUAACAACCUGCAUAUUAUUUAUAUCACAUUUACACGCCUGUCUGUUUUUGUAUUUAUUGCAGUGAUCAGUGUUUGUCUGUAGAGUAGUUAAGAAAAGCUGCAUCUCUUUCUGUCCAACUGUACUUAAUGUGACUGAGGUGAAAACAUGACCGCUGCUGGAAUUUAUUUGGACUUUUAUCCGAAGAAAAUGUUACCCUGUUUUGUUUUGUAUAUGAUGGCUAAGAAAUGUUUCACUCACAAUAUGUAAAUGAGUCAUUUGAGGUUUGAAGGAGCUUUAUGCUUGCAAAAUAUCAAUAAAGGAUAUUUUAUAUAUGCA